GUUCGGAUGAGUUGCAAGCAGAAAUAUUGGAUAAUAUUAAUAAACAACGAUAUAAUAAAUGUAUAAAGCAUGGCAAAGGGACGCUCUACGCUAUGUUUUAUGACCACUGUAGUUCCGAGACCCACACCAUCGUUGACGACGGGAUUGGCUCCAUUUGAUUACUUGUAUCUCUUAUGCAGUUUAACCUCCUACCUAGUUUGUCAUUUUGGUACCAGGCUACUUGAUUAUUUGAAAAUAUUUGCAAAAUUAGUAGAUAUGAAAUUUAUUGUCAUCACUUAAUAAGUAUAAAAUCAAAUGUGGAGACACAUACAGUGUGCCCCCGUUGAACUGAAGCGAUCGAACACUCGAAAAGUGGACGAUUGGUAAUUACAAAAC